AUGGCUCCGAUACGUCGUGUUGCCACUAUCCAGUGGCAUAUCAAGGAACUCGCCAUCGAGGAGAACCACGACACAGCCUGCAAAUACAUCCGCCAAGCUGCCGCCGAUGGUGCAGAGCUAGCUGUCCUCCCUGAAUACCACUUAAGCGGCUGGGUCCCUGAUGACCCCCGCUGGGGUAUUCAAGCCGGCGAGGCCGCCAAAUACCUCGCCAACUACCAAUCUCUAGCGAAAGAGCUGAAGAUCUGCCUCGUCCCAGGAACCAUCAUCGAGAAGCACGCAGGUCCCAACGAGGAAAUCCUGUUCUACAACGCGGCAUACUUUAUCUCCAACGAUGGUACUAUCUUGGGCUCCUAUCGCAAGAAGAACAUCUGGCACCCCGAGAGACCGCACUUGACGUCCUCUGGGCAGGAGCGCCACGACGCAAUUGAUACCCCUAUUGGACGGGUGGGAUUGUUGAUCUGCUGGGAUCUCGCGUUCCCAGAGGCAUUCCGCGAGUUAAUUGCCGACGGAGCUGAUAUCGUGAUUAUCCCUACCUUCUGGACACCCAAUGACACGUCCCCCCAAGCCCUCCACCACAACCCCGACUCGGAAGCCCUCUUCCUCUCUUCAACCCUCACAUCCCGCUGUUUCGAAAACACCUGCGGCAUCAUCUUCGCCAACGCCGCCGGUCCAAAGGAGAGCUUCCUCGGCAUGUCGCAGGUGACACUUCCUAUUGUGGGCCCGGUGUCGAAGAUGGGUAAUGAGGAGGGCGUGUCUGUUGUGGAUAUGGAUCUGGGCCUUUUGGAUAUUGCGGAGAAGAAUUACAAGGUUAGGCAGGAUAUUGGGAAGGAGGGGUGGCAUUAUGUUUAUAGGCAUUCGUCUUUGCAGGGAUGA